CACAAUCUAUGUUCCCCAGUAUUUUCAAUUCGACGGUCGCGUCUUCGCUUCGUGUAACUUAAUUUAACAAUUAAAGAUAUCUAUCGUUAAGGUGAUUAAAUAUGUUAUAUAUAAUUUUUUUAAUAAUAGUGGCUUUAAUAGCUUUUGGUGUUUAUAAUAAACUUACUAACGCAGUGUGCACAUCUAAUAGACGAUUGGAAGGCAAAACUGCCGUCAUUACUGGAGGUACCUCUGGCCUAGGACUGGUCAUAGCCAAAGAUUUUGCCAAACGGGGCGCUAGGGUUAUAGUCGCUUGCCCUUUUGAAGAAGAAGGCACAAAUGCAAGACAAGAAAUCAUCAAGGAAUCUGGUAAUGAAAAUGUUCUCUUUAAAAACCUUGAUUUAUCGUCCCUAAGCUCCGUUCGUGAAUUCGCUAAGGAAAUUCAGAAAACAGAAAAUCGUUUGGACAUUUUAGUGAACAAUGCGGGAGUCGGAAUACCUGGAGAUUUUUUAACCAAAGAUGGCCUCAAUUUUAUUAUGCAAGUCAAUUACUAUGGCCACUUUCUACUCACACUACUUCUACUGCCCCUUCUGAAGAAAACUGGGAUCGAAUCGGAUCCAGCGAGAAUUGUCAAUAUGUCAUCUCUCACUCAUAGAUAUGCAAGUUCGGACGUCGACAAUUAUAACAGAGCCGGGUACUGGUUUACAAUCAGAACAUAUAGUAAUAGCAAACUAUGUUUAGUCUUAUUCUCGAAAGAGCUGACCAGAAGAUUAUCAGGUACGAACGUGGUUGUGAACUGUUCCGACCCGGGAUUUGCUGCGACAAGAAUAUACAAAAGUUCGAGUGAAUUUCUCGGCUUUUUAGCAAUUACUUUGAUUCUUCUGUUUGCUAACACAGCGUUUCAGGGAGCGCAGACAGCAAUUUAUCUAAGCGUAGAUAAGGCAGUCAACGGCAGUGGAGAGUACUUUCAAAAUUGUAAGAAAAUUGCUGCAGCCGCGAAAGCAAACAAUGAAACAAGCAUUAGGAAAUUAUGGGAUCAAUCAAUAAAACUCGUUCAACUGAGUGACGAAGAAUUAAAGGAUCUUAAUUUAUUGUAGAUAUAAACACCCCUGAGAGACACCUGUACUCAAAGUUAUCCGUUAUUAUUUGGCGCCGUAAUUUAUUAUGCAUGUUAAAAUAAUAUAUAUAAAAUAAUAUCAUAACUUACGAAUUAUAAGUAACAUAAAUUAUUAAGGGUGCAAUGGGCAACUUACUGCUCAAUGUUUUGAUGGAAAAACAAAAUAAAUGCUAAGUUUUAAGUGAAAGAUUAUAGUAUGUUAUGUUAAAAAUAGGUGCAUCACUACAAAUUAACUUAUUUUUAAAUAACUUGGUAUUUCUUAAAG